AUGUUCCAGGGCCACUUGAGAGCCUUGUUGCGAUCAGUAGCGAAACCCAGAUUGCUUGGAGAACUUGCGUCGAAAUCAACUGCAUCACGAGCACUUGGUCGACAGAGCACGUUUCGGAGUGCGUUCGGUUGCGUCGGCGCAAGCACCUGGCAGCGCGCAGCUCCUGCCUCCACAACAGCAGCGGCGUCGGCUUCGGCUGAUGGCACCGGCGGUGACCGAGAAGCUCGUGCCUGGGACUGGAAACCGAAGGCAGUACCACCAGCGAUCGGGGAGGAGAUGGUCAAGUUGCACCGACAAGCCCCGGAUAAGUGGAGUGCGGUGGCGCUCGCGAAGAAGUACGGAUAUGAUGAGCAGUUUGUGCAGGCCACUUUAGAGUUGGCCGAACUGGAAGCAAGCGUUCGGGCGCAAGUCAGUGAAAAGGAAUGGAACGACGUCUUUGAGCCAUUAGCUCGCGUUGCGCAGGAGUUCGAGGCCGCUGCAGCCGAACGUGCUGGACCAGACUGCCUCGUGCUCGGCAUACCAGCACCAUGGGAAGUCUUUCCGAAAAAGGCUGUGCGAAGUCGGGCAUCGCGUAUGAUCUUCUACCGCGUUCGACGCGACGAAAACGUUGAGACGGCACAAGCUCGUGCCGUUCGAGCCCAUCUUGGUGCACCGGACGAAAGCGGCAUCGCUGAUAAGGCGCUGCCCGCUCCACACGCGAAGGAUGCCGUCGCUGCCUCUGAGGCCUCGGACGCCGGUGGCCGCAGCACGUCAUGGCCAUCGCAGCCGUCAGUGCGAUACGAAGCGAGCGCUGGGGCAGCGACUGUCCCGAAACCGCGGGUUCCUUUCAUUUUCGUGGAGCGCGCGACAAGUCCUGUGUCUGCCAAGACCGGAAAGUUGCAAUCCCAGUUGCGUGUCGUGGUGCGUGAUACCGAUGGUACCGUGCGCGAACCUCGUCCCGAAGAGAGAAACUUUGCGUUAGCGGCGUUCGGGUAUGGAGCAUCGGCGGAUGACGAUCCUCGGACGCCGUUGCACCCACGGCAUCCUGGUGCGCCGAAGACGCCGCCUCCGCCUCCGCCUCCGCAGUCAACUGUAAGCCAGGAGUCGAAUGCCGCAUGA